GGAGCUCUUCACGUGAGCAGAUAGACCAUACAUUCCCAGUGCUGCUAAAGUGAUUCAAUAUGGAUUCCAAACUCCUCAGCCGGGUAACGAAUGCUGCCAUAUAUUAGAAUUCAGAAUCUCACAGAUAUUACCGGGACACCUUUCAAUACUGUCACAGACUAGCAGAAUGUUUUAAUCAGCCAUGGAGGACGAUUUCGAGGAGUCCAGACUUCCUGGUUUGAAGAGGCGGUCAUUUCUGCCCAGUCGGAAAAGCCAUGUACCAACCACCCAGAGCCAGACAGAGAACCUUCCCCACGUACAAGAGCCACCACCUCAGCCAACCCUAGAUAAAACAGCAACAAGUAAAAAGUUUCUCAUUGGUGACCGAGUGUGUAUUAGUGGUGUGAAGACAGGGCGAAUCCUCUACUUUGGAAAGUUUUUGUUGGCAGACGGACUGUGGUGUGGAAUAGAGCUUGAUGAACCUGUUGGAAAACAUGAUGGCGAAGUGGAAGGUGUCCGUUAUUUCACCGCAAAGCCAGGCUAUGGAAUAUUUGCCCCAGUUAGUAAAGUGAAUUUAGCUGAUGAUGGUGAGGUUGUCCCAGAUUCUGUGAGCCAGCAAACUGAAGCUGCAUUAAAACCAGAGAAAGUAUUUCGUAGUAAGCUUCAAAGACGAACUCUUCAUUAUCCAAAAUCAGCUUCGCAACUUACAAGAGAUCCAGAGAAAGGAUCUUCAGAGUCUAUCUCUAGUCAGUCCGAGACAGGAUCGGAGGCUUCUAGUCAGAGUCUGGUAGGGUCACAAGUGAAAAAGCCAAAGCUGUCUUUCGUUUAUAAACUAUCGUCCAUCCCGAGAUCUGGUCAAACAACAACCUCUGUGUGCAGCGAAGGCUUGGAAAAAAAUAGUGGGCUUCCUAAGCCAAAGGGAGCAUUUGGGAAAGGAAUACAGCCACCAGGGGAUUACAAAAGAGAGGUAUGGACAGAAUCUGCAGCUCCAGUUUGUGAGACUGAGAGCAGUGCCCUGAAUAGCACACGGGUAUUGGAGUCAAAUCAAAAGGAAGUAUGUAGUGAAGACACAAGUAGUUUGGCCAACCGCACUCAAACACUAACAACUAAUGAACAGGACGCUCUCAAUCAGACACAGGUAAUUCACAAAGCUGGUGAACCGAAUGGUCAGACACGUGCAUUUGAGAAGAGAAGCCAGCCAGAUGAUAGCCGGACUUCCGAGCAGGAUUCGAAACGGCCACGGUUCUCCGAGUUACCAUUGUCCAGAUUACCACAGAGUGAGAAAAUAACUGCCAAGGUAACAGGAAACAGAGACAGCUUGAACAGCACGUUUGUGUCGGCACCAUGUAACAAGGACUUGCCAGUUGGUUCAAAGACGGUAAAGGGAAACGAUACAUUUUCGGUACAUGAUGAUCCAGAAGAAGUUGAAGCCUUCUCCCCAGAGGUCCACCGACAGCUAGUGGCUGGUGGCAGGCAAUACCUGAACAUCACAUUUGACGCUGAGGCAAAAGAAUCAGAUGGUGGGAUCAAUGUAACUCAUAUUGUUAGUGCUAAAAGUGAUGAUCAAGAUGCUGAGGAUUUGUCAGAAUUAGAUAGCAGAAUAGAGUUUCUCAGAGGGGAUAGACAUGUAGGUGAAGCCACCCUGUUCGGAAUCCUUAAGCCAGAAGAGAUGGAUGACACCAAGCUGAUCGCUAGUUACCUUCUGGAUGGGUCCAGCUCCUCUGAUCCUCCUGAUCAGGGCCACAAGUCCACAGACGUUCGGCACGCAGAAUUGUCUAGUUUGGGAAUCCUACCAUCUGACUGUUUAGAAACGGUGGACUGCUCCAACUUUUUAGCAGACAAUCCACGAAUUCAGGCACUGAAGCAUCAUGCAGCUGGGCAAGUUUUUCGCUCACGCACUUGCUCAGAUGAUUUUGGGGUCAUGGAGAACCCCUUAUCUCAACGUGAUUCACGCGUUUUCUCCCUCGAUAGCAAUGAGAACUUUGAUUUAACUGGUGGUGUUGUCACCUCCACCCCGUUGGUGUCAAAUCUGCGGCGGAAGGCUGACAGUGUCCAGGAGUCAGGGAAUGGUGACAAUGAUCAGAUGCCAUCCACUCCAGAACAGCUCCAACAGGAGAGGCUGUCGUCCUCCAUUGGCUCAAAUCUACAAGGUGUGAGGAGGAAUUUGGAUUUGACAAACAAUGCUUAUCAGGAGGAAACGGACCCUCCUGGAGAACCAGGUGAAAAAGAUGUUCCAGCAGAAGUCGGUGGUGAUAAUUUUACUGAACCCCAUUCACAGGUGGACGAACUGCAAAAUCCGCCUGUGCCUACGUCAUCGCUGACAAGUGCUGAUGCUGAGGCAUCUUCUGCAGAAAUGCAGACAUCUUUAGUGCUAACAGACCUACUGAAGGCAGAUUCUAAGCCGAUGACGGACUCAGGAAUAGACAAUGUGAUGACGGCCAGUCAAGAGAUGGUGGCAUCUCAAACAUCGGAUGACCGACGACUCGUGUCUGGUGGUCCCACUGUGCUGGACAAACUAGAGCAGGUGUUAGAUGAAAGGAACCAGUUGGCUGCAGAUCUGAUGGCUGGUCACAGCAAGACAGACCGGCCUCUCUCGCUCAUCUCAUCUGUGAGCAGUGUGGAUACAGGUUAUGUUCCCGACACAGACUCCGAGAGGGGAACCCUGACCACAAAUUCCCCGUCGGAGUGGCCAGAUAUCCGUGGCUCACAACCAUCAGAUGAGAGACAAAAGAACUUGACGGAGCUUUACGCAGACACCUUCCAGGCGUACCAAGAAGGUGUGAUGAAGGGAUUGACAUUGCAGGGCUGUAUGAAGGACUCCGAUGUCAGUGAUGUUGGUACUCUUGCUACAGCCAGUGGCAAGGAGAAAGAAAUGGAAUCAGAUGGGUCACAAAUGAAUACAGUUUGUAAGGCACGGGACGAGACGUUUGAAGCGACGGCAGAAGAAACAUCAGAGACAGAAAGCUCAAUUGAUGUCACAACGGUCAGCAAGCAGGAAAAGGAUCAGCAAUAUACAAUUUGUGAAAGUUCUUCUGAGGAACGAUCCAGGGAAACAUCCCAAGAAGCAGGAGAGCAAGGUAUGGACACCAGUUUGGCUGUGGAGAGUGAUAGCUCCACCUGUAGGAUGGGAGAUGGUGUAGAUAUGGGAGAGAACUCUGAAAACGUAACCAAGGAUGAUCAGACGGGUAAGCAGGAAAAGCCAGAUUCAAAAUCAAAGACAAAAGGGACAAAAUCAAAACCUGCUGCCCGCAUAGACCACAAGAAACCGAAUAUUAAUGUGGGCUCUAAACUUGCAGAAUACUUGAAAACUGCGCAACCUUCAAAAGCUAAGGAAGAAGGAAAGGAAACUGUGACUAAGGCCAAAAAGAACCUGUCCAAUAAGAAGAAGACAGAUAUCAGCAUUGGCAAGUCUCCAUUGAAGUCAGAAGAUAAAGAUGCGGAAAGCAAGCCGUCACCACGGGAGAGGGUGAAGGUUGUUAAAGAGCCUCCCAAGAUCAUCAAAAGGACCACACCUAAGAGUAAAUGGGGAGACAUUAUGUCUACUAUAGAGGCCAAUAAGGAUUCUCCACCGAAGCCUAAGGAAAAGGUAGUGAAGAGUCGACUGGAAUCCAUCUUCAGCCAGGCUCCACCUCCCCGUAAACGAGAACCCAAAAAAGUGGAGUCCAAAGUACCCAAAAAGCUGCAGUCCCUACCCAAACCCGACUACAGUCAGGUGAAGAGUCGGCUGAACACGAGCUCGCAGGCCAAAGCUUCACCUGCUGCCCGCACAAGGACUGGGUCCAGCAGCUCCAUAGGCACAUCAGUACCCUUACACCUGGAUUUCUCUGGCUCUAUCAAUGGCAGCAUUAAUGACUCCGCCCUUAGCUCGGCUCGCAGCAGCAGGUCUGACAUCAGUGGCCUGGGACACACUGAUCUGAAAGGCAGAGGUAAACAGGUAAAUAAUAAAGCUAGUCUCCUGAUGAAAUUAGAGCGACCAAAAAGUGCGAGCAGUACACGCUCCGAUGAUGUCUCCAUGAAUUCAGUCAAAGCCAUGAAUGAGAAAAACAUACAGAAGUCUCCACGACGGAAAUCAGAAAUAAAGAGCAGCAUUCCACCCAUAGCUCCCCGGAGGCCAUCUCCAGCAAAGUCCUCUCCGGCCAGAUCAUCUCCCGCCAGGUCGUCACCUGCAAAGUCUUCGGGGAAAACAUCGGAAGCAUCUACAUCUAAACAAUCCACAAAACAGUCAUCGUCCCCUAAUAAACGUGCUCAGUCUGUGUCCCAUCAAAAUAGAAACAAGAAUGUCAAGUCCAAGACUGUGAACAAUCUCAAGUCCAGUGAGACCGAACAUGAAAAAAGUGUCAAGGCAGCUGAGGAGAUCAGUCGAUUGGAGGCGUUAUGCGAAUCUCGCACAAAAGAACUGACAUUAUUGAAAAUGCAACUCAAAUCCAGUGUGACUGCUUUCGAUGCUAUGACAGCUUUGGUGAAUUACUUAACACAAGAGCUGGAUGCCUUCUCCUGCCCAGUGAUAAAGGGCAAACUUGACACAGUACUGAAGGAGCUUGCUGAAACAAAAACACAACUGAGUAAUCUCCAAGAACUGAAAACUAACCUGGAAGAGGAAAUAGUAUCCUUAAACAAGCAACAUGAAGCUGCACUGGCUUCUGUCAAUUCUGAACACGCUGAUAAACUGAUCGAGGCCAAGAAAGUUCUGACCGAGGAACAUCAGAAGAAAAUCAGUAAAGUUAAAGAAAAACAUUCUCUGGAGCUGGAAAACCUGAGAGGCUAUCAUGAGCGACAUAUCAAGGAAGUAGGUUUAGAUAAUGAUGAGAAGACUCACCAGUUGAAGUUGGCACACAUUGAAGAGAUUCGAUCUCUGCAGAGCAAGCAUGAUAACCAGAUGGAAGAGUUACAUCGUCAGCACAGAGAUAAACUGGAGGACAUCACAGUGCGCUUUGAGAGCAUCAAGAUGUCUUUGUCUGAAAAAGUUGAAACUCUACGAGGGGAGUGUGAUGACCUGCGAAACCGAGCACGUCUGAGUGAGGAAGCUUUACACCGAGACACGGAUGUCAAAGUUCAGAUGGCACUGGCACCAUACAAAAAUCUACCACAGGAAAUUGAAAGUCUUAAGCUGGUGAUAGACAUGAGGAAUGAGGAGAUUCGGGAUUUGAGACGACAGAAAAUUGAGACAGAGAAACAGUUGGAAGAGCUUCCUGUAGCCAGGGAAAGGUGUAUUUCACUGAAACAGCAGGUGGAAAAUCUAGAGGCCAUUGUGAACAUCAAGACUGACCAUGAGAAACAACUUUCUGAGAAAUGCCACCUGUUGAUGAAGAAAUACGAGCAGGAGAACAAGCAGAAGAAACGGCUGAGCAUGAAUGUGGAGGAGCUGAUGUGGAAGAUGAAUGAAUCAGGCAGUGAUUUCGGGAGCACGGAGAGCCUGGCAGUGAAACGGCAGGUCAGUCACUCCCCCACGAACAGUGAGAGCAGCGACAACAGGCGCAUUAAAUCCUGGAGCUCAUGCAGUGAGACAUCCCUCUCCCCAGGUGUACACCGCCGCAACGGGGACAGCUCCGCGGAGGGGAAAAUAAAGCGCCGCUCUGGUACAUUCCUCCUGGAGUACAACCAGUCUACUCCCACCAGCCCCAACAACAGAAACCAAAUGUCCAAGUCUUUUAACGAGUCCAUGGUGUCGGCCUGUGAAGUAUCAAUGUCACAGGAAGAGGACUCAUUCGAUGGCCCGCAUGGGUUACCCCCUCCACCAGAGCCUCAGGAGUGGCAGGCUGGAGAGCAGGAAGUGAACAUUGAGGAUGUACGUGUGGAUGUGGAGGCGGAGGGUCCAGAGGAAGAGGAGGAGAGCUCAGUGAGCACAUCGGAAACCUCGACCAGCGAGUCAGGUGUACAGGAGUCUGUGGUGUGAGGAGGCUCUAGUCCUUUUUGUGCCUUCUUCAUAAACAUGUCACCUGACCCACAGAUGUCUCCCUUCUCUGGAAGGAUUGACUGCGUCAAGUUCAAACCCAAGGCAUUUUGUGCCUGGGAAUGAUGCUGUGUAUAAUGUGGAGACCAGCAAUACUGACCUUCCAGUAAGCCUGUGUUUUAAGCAUGGGAGAAUACAUUUGUACAGAGAGCCUGGUCAGAUCUUGCUGUAGCCAGGAUGGGUUCUGGUGUGACAGAAGUGAAGUGAUAGAUGGUGUAUAUAUAUAUUAAUGUAAAGGAUUAAAGCGAUCACAUGGCACAAAAUGAGGGUUCAUUUUGCCAAUGACUAUGGGGAUUAUUUAAGAACAUCAAAACCACACAAAAGCACGUCUGAGGAUAUGUAUACCAUUCCUUAAUAGGCAAAGUGGUACUUGGUUUCGUCUUGCCAACUGUGAAGUAGUUGAGGUAUGGUAGCUGGCUGGUGAUUCUACUCUUUAAAUGCAGUUGAUGUGUUUUUCUUGGCCAUGGUGAGUGUUGUAUGUCAGAUUCCUCACAUGUGUUUGAGAUGAAAUUAUUACUGAAUUUUGAAGAUGGAUCAGUUCUUUCUUCAUGGCAGUAAAAAGAACGAAAAAAAAAAAAAGGAUUGAAGAUUUUCAAAGUUUUCGCUUGCCAGCUACCUUAAAAGUAGGCCUGGCAUAAAACGUGCAUUUCAAGGAGUUAAUUAUAAUUGAGGAGAAACGUAGCAUUAUCAGUUAUCUGAUCUCAUUCAUAAAGUCUCACAUCAGUUUUCAAAACUCUGCCUAAAUUCCUGGCUUCAUAACCAUGCUGUUAUUUGUCAUGCUGAUUUCAAUGCUUU